AUGGUCUGCUGCUAUUUCCAUUGGCUUGGAGCAGAAUCACCGGCACUCAGCACUGGUGGACACUGUCGGAACUGAGGCCUAUGCUGUUCGACCGGGAGGGAGUCGGCCAAUCCCUCUUCUCUUAGACUCUCAGUUGUUUCAGGAGACCACCAGAGUUUCUCCAAUCCCCCUCUUACCAGUAACGGUGAUCACAGUACCCCUGCUACCCCCAGAAGCUACAAUGGGAUGUAAGCACAAAAAGCCUUAUCACACAAAGAGGCCUGCACUCCCAGACAGUAAACUACCCAGCAGUUACCUAUCAAAGCGAUGCUUGAGCCUUAGAGUGAGCAAUCUCUUAGAUGACUCACGGGAGGAGGGGGAAUAAUGCACAUCACCUCCUCCUCCUAGACUAUACCAUAAAGCAGAUUAUGACCUGUGACCCUAACAGGUAAACAAAUACAAAAAAACAAACAAACCCAUAGGACACCAAAGGAGUAUUGCACAAUUAUUAUUUUUUUGUUCACAUAAUGCAUUAGUAAACACAUAAAAGUAGUAAAGUGCAAACAUGCAGAAUAUUCACCUUAUAAGUUAGGCUCAGUGCAUAUAAGUGCUCAAUGCAUAAACACAAGUGUAACAACAGGUAUACUGACCCAAGCUGGAGACCACAGCGCCCCAACGUUUCACACUACGCCUUCCUCAAGGGGGAUCUCAAACUAACUGGGUUAUGUUCCCAUUUAUAUAGUCCUAUCAAAGUGGAUUAAGUGUAAAAAAAUAAUGAAAAACAGGUGUGGCAGACGUGGGAUGUCCCCUGAAGCUAAUCUCAACCAGUUCCCUGUGUUUCCGCUAAUGAAUAAAUGUCACAUUUUUAUGAUUUGCAGAUAUUAUUGUACUGCUGUUCUCUGAUGUUGCUGUUUGUACAUGUAUAGACUGAGGGAUACAAAGGGGAUCACUGAAAUGAAUCAUGACUUUGGAUCAGAUAGUGGUUGAGAGGCUUACUAUGUUGUGAAUUUUGGACUAUUUCAGUUCAUUGUCCUUAGACGAUUCUGACUUUGGGUAGCCCUUUCAUUCCUUUUCUAGACCGCCCCGGCAGCCGUUGAUGUGUACUUAUGUUGCGUGAUGACAUCACACGUUGCAGUUGCAUACAUAAUGAUGUCAUACGCCAAAUGCAGAAAUCAUAAGCGGAAAUACAGGAAACUGGUUGAUAUCGGCUUCAAUGGACAUCCUCUUUCUCCCACACCGCUGCCGGUCUGCACUUACUAUCACCUGUGA